CUAUUGCAUCACCUGUCAACAGCGUCCAAUGGGCGUCGACUAGCGAGGCAUUAAUUGAUGAAGGUGUCUCCAGCCCUGCGCACCUCCCUCUGUCAUUUUAUUUCUGGCUUAACCAGCAGCAAGUAUGGCAGCUGCAUUUUAGCUCGUAUUCUUUCUCUCUCUCUCUCCUUCACUCUAUCUCUCUCUCUCUCACUGUGACUUUGUCUCUCUUUCCCUCCCUCGUUCACUCUCUCCCUCCCUCUCCCGUGCAGCUCUCUCUCUCUCUCUCUCUCUCUCUCUCUCUCUCUCUCUCUCUCUCUCUCUCUCUCUCUCUCUCUCUCUCUCUCUCUCUCUCUCUCUCUCUCUCUCUCUCUCUCCUACACACACGCAGACAAGCCUCUCCCUCUCUCUCUCUCCUCGCUAUUUUAUCCCUAUCGCUGUGGCUGUGGUGUACACCUACCCCUCGUCCUGCUAUCGACCACAGGGGAGUGUAGCCGGCAGGUAGGAGGGAGCAGGCAGCAGGCAUCAAUAGGCGGCUUGGUGGACACAUCCGUCGCAUUCCUCCACCAUGCCGGACAGGGGCCAGGCUGAAGGAGUGGAUGCCAUCGGCAACAUCAGCGCCAUUUAACUACAGAUGUCAAAGUUUGCAAUUUCCUGACGAGGCAGCGGCAUUGCCGGCGUGUUUGCAUUGUCAGAGGCACUGAUUGAACAGCAUGGCUUGAGAUCCAAUAAAAGAAGAAAAAAAAUGUACUAUUUUCAAAUGGUGAUUUUUUCUCCGUCUAGCAACAGGACAAUAAACCCGACUAUGGACUAUGUGGAUGUAAACUCUCGUGGAUGAAUACAACAUGGGGGACCUGGAGUGUGGCUUUGAGGAAAUGCAGGGAGUGAAAUUGGGAUACCUGGUCAUCAAAGGAAAACAAAUGUUUGCUUUGUCCCAGGUCUUCACCGACCUCCUGAAGAACAUCCCGCGGACCACGGUGCACAAGCGGAUGGACCACCUGAACGUCAAGAAGCACCAGUGUGGACUGGAGGAAUUGCGAAAGCUCAAAGCAAUAAAUUCAAUCGCCUUCCACGCCGCCAAAUGCACGCUCAUAUCACGCGAGGAUGUGGAGGCUCUUUAUUUCUCCUGCAAGACGGAGCGGGUUUUGAAAUCCAACAAAAGAAAGGUAAAGGAUCAUUCUCUGGAGGACGCCAACGCCGGGAUCCAUCGCACGGAAAAUCCGGCCGGCUUGUGGCAAGACAAACUUUGGUUUAGUUUGCACGGCGUCCCCCAGACUUUGUCCAUUCAAAAUAAACCGGACAGCACAGAGACGACUCCUUCGCUUCCCGACUCCAAACUACCUCAAUUUUACAGUCGAUCCCCGGGUCGGAAUACCCAUGCGGCGAGCAAGUCGAGUUACAAACCCUACACAAACUAUGAAACGGCGCAGAUAACUGGAAACUGUUUGGCCUUUAACAAGAGAAAAACGUUUUUCCGGGGGGGCGCGGUGGUGCAGAGCCGUGCGCCGGUCGUGUUUCAGUCCGCCAUGGCUGCUCAGUCCAAGCUGUCGGGCUCCGCCGGCAGCAGCGACCUACUUCACAAAAGGAAGAGGCGGCGCGAGGGGGGCGGCGGCAAGGACGGCGCGAGGCACUCGUGCACUCGAACCCGGCAUAUACACCACUCCCCGGUGCUGCUGGUGCAGCCCAAGUGCUGUGGCAAGCAGAAACCCGGCGGAACGCGCACUUUGAACGCUUUCCACAUCGGCCAUGAUUUCUAUUUGGACUCCAGGGGGGCGCACGGCCAGCAGCACCAGCCGCUCUUCCACGAGAGCUACAGUAGCGACACCGAGUCCAGCACGUACUCUGAGAGGGCGAACGUCGACUCGGACUUUGGCUCGAGUAUCUCCACCACAAGCAACUCUGGGAGUUCUGAUGAUGAGGAGGAGGAAGAGGAUGACAGCCAGUCUGAGAGUUCGGACGGCAGCUCGGAGGAGGAGAGCAGCUCACAGUCCGACUCCAGCUCGGUGUCCAGCCAGGUCUCCGUGCAGAGCAUCCGAUUCAGACGGGCCCGGGUCGCUUCUGUUACCAAAACGUUCAGCACCAAGGCACCGCUGGUCCUACAGCCCACCUUCCACUACAUCCAGCAGCAAAAACAACAACAAACACCACCACCACAACAACACAGGACCCUGGGUCAUGGCUUUGGAGCGGACUACAUCGGGCACGACACUCGACCGAGCAGUGAGUUGGCCUUUAAAGAGACGAGGAGGUGUUCAGGACCCUUACAUCCAGCUAAGUUCAACGUGACCGCUGUGCGAGACAACUUUCUCACGGUAUCCAAGAGUGGAAAGGGGCCAGAGGCGCACGGACCAAAGAGAGCCGACCUGGUGUGCAUCGCCUUCAACACAACGCCGAGCUUGACGUGUUAUCAGCCGUUUCCUCCUCCACGCCGGACGCCCGGGUUCUCCAACACAUGCCCGGCCACAGUAACCCACUCACACUGUGAAUUCGAGAAGGACAGCAAGCUCCUGCACUCUAAAGACGCUGAACUUUUGAGCCUGAGGAAUGAAUUGGAAAACACUAACAAUCUGAAGCAGCCUUCUCCCUUCAAAACGAUUAAGACGGAGACCGAGGAGCCCCCGUUCUCGACAGGCCUCCACUCGGACCAAGAGCAAUCAGCCAUGGGCCACCCCUCCUUCAACUUUCAAAACGUCAAAGUUAAAGUAGAGGAAAGCUACGACGAAUACGAAUAUCCGAGUCAGGCCUCUGAGUUUCAGUGCAAGGGGGAUGUGGCAGACGAUAACAAUGCUCAUCCUCCCGUGGGUGACGUUAAACAUGUGGAAUAUCUAAACAACACAACUAAAGCCUACAGCGAGAGCACUGAUUCGGCUCCAAAGUCCCCCUAUCGUACUGAGGAAUGCGGGGGCCCCUUGCGAGAUACUCCCUGCUCAGAGGAAGGGGAGUAUGAGCACGGCCAAAGGGUCAGGAAAAUCUGCAGAACUCCACUGCUGGGGAAAAAACACAAAAUCCCAAGGACGCAAACGAGGCAGAAUUUGUCUAAACAUUUCAAAGCGUCCCCUCCUCGUCCCACGGACAAAGAAGACAACUCUGACGGACCUACAGAGGAUUCAUCCGGAAUAAGUAAAAUCAAACGCCAGAUAGUGAAGCCACCGAAAAAGCCUUUUAGUUUUAUGGCAAAUUUCCCAUCGACACCAUCGCUCGUUGUGGGCAGAGAUGGCGACUUGUGUCCUGCGUACUCCAUGCAGUCCCUGAGGGACCCCCGGCCACCUCCUCUUUCGCACCCGGUAUGGAGAUGGCAGCCAGGCGGCCUGCCUCUCCCUCCCCCACCGGCGCAGAGAACCAGGAAAUGCUGAAGUGUUUUUUGCCCUCACAACAAAAAACACAAGAGCAAUCUCCACGAGAAUCCUGCCUUAUACGACCUCAAUGUCUUACAGAAGUGAACGUUUGUUCUUUUUUUGUUUUAUUGAAAACAUAAUAAUCACACGGUUUACCAUUUUUUCUCUCCAUGGGAUGUACGUUUUUGUGGAUUUGUAUUCAGGAAUAAGACGCGCCAGGUGAAAUGUGUGGAGCCACGAUGUUCAUACAAAACUGCGAGACACAUGGAGUUCAUGGAUUAAUGCAACUACAAAAAAAAAAAAAAACUAUCACUCCCAAGCCACAUGUCUGCUCCUCGUGGGAUCUCAAAUGCGAUUUUUUUUUCGCCUUCAAGCUCGACAUUUUAGAUUGUAUGUGACCAGGGUUUCCGUGGUGUGUGCUUUCUGUGGGACAUGGGGCUAGGCCUGCUCGUUUUCUCGUAAUAAGCCUACAACAUGGUUUUGUGUGUGUGUGUGCGCUACAUAGGGCGGGUGUGUUGCGACUGAGAUAAGGUUAGAUGGUGAUAAACAACAGGGUUCUCCUUUUCUGUGCCACUUGGUAGGCCUAUAACUGCAACUCUACAAAGCUUUAAAAAAAAAAAGGAAUAACAUCGUUCCCCAAACGCUACGGAAUUAUACACUACAAGUGAAUGGUAAAAACAGACAUGUCAACACAGACCUAUUCAUCGUCCACAUGCACAGUAAAGCACUCGUUAUUCUUGGAUCCUGGUGUUGAUGUGGGGUUUCGCUUGCUUGUGAUAUGGUUUUCACUCUGGUUUUAUUUCCGUAGCUUGUUUCCUGCUUUUCAAGUAUGUGACCAUGCACAAACACGAUCAGUGUGUAAGAACAGGGCUCGACACACACGGCACAGGCCUUCUGUACAGACAAUCAAAAGAGUAGGGCUUAGGCCUUUAUAUCACGCAGUUACGUCUCACGUUAGGCUGGAUUUAAGUGCUUAUGUCUCUGCAAAUCCAUUCGCCCUACAGAUUCCUCGGGCAUAUCUCAUUGAUUUGCCACGUGAAUAAGUCUUUGCAAUUACAACCAGAGCAUUGUUUAAAAAGGGAACUAAUUAAAACAGGGGGGAAUGAUAAUGUAAUAACAUAUAAGGCAGGACAUGGUGUGCUCCAUGCAGGAACCUCAGUGGGGGGAAAACAUCAAAACAACGACCAACCCCCCAUCCCCUCUUGCCUGCUUACUUUAAAACAAUGCCACAAAGCACAAGAGAUAGGCUCAAAUGCGUUGCACUUUGACACGUUGGGGGUAGGGGGGGGGGGGGGGGGGGGGUCUUGUUUCAGCUUCAGGGUUUAGGCUUGCCUGUAAAGUGGUGUCUGAAAGGUGCUAAAAAGCUAAAACAUUUAAGACGACGCUCUGCCUCUGGUUUAUUCAGAUAUUGACACCAAAUAGAUCUUUGUCGUUUUGAUGCUGGCUCGAAUUGUGACGAUGUUCACGUGUAGCCUUUGUGGGAGCAAUACACACACAUUGCUGGUGGAGCCUACACGCUUAUUUUUUCAUUUAGGAAUAGGCUGAAUUUGCAGUCCAUGAUAUUGAAGUUUGUCAUUGGGGACGCCAGCGUAUCUGUAGUAGGUCUACAUGGUUCAACAUUUGGCAAGUGACUGUCGAUUAUUUAAUUGCAGUAGCCCUCAACCCGAGAAAACUCAGCUGUUAUAAAAAAAUAAAAAAAAUAAACCAUCGCCUGCUUAGAUGGUUUUCCGGUUGAUCAACGUCCCUGUUACAAUCCUAAUGAGUGAAUGUAUCCCAGACCUAUUUAAUUGUGAUCCAUUGUGUAGACAGCGUCACACAAUUACAAUUGUAUUCUACCAAAAAAUAAUAGGCCUAGGUUUGGUGAAUGGCUGUGGUUUCAUCAGGUCUAGAUGUUUGUAAAUGCGGGCAAAGACUUGCUCUGGUCGGCUGAUUUCUCUGUGUGCCGUAAAGAAGAGAGUUUAUGGCGUGCCAGGUCACAAAAAACCAACAGCCUAUGGGGGGGAUGUCAACAUCCACACAGGCGCACACAUGGAUCGGUGGAAGGCGUGUGUGAGAUUGUAUAAACCCAUUAAACCAACCAUAUUUGUAAAAAAAAAAAAAAAAAAAAAAAACACGAUAAAAUAUAAACUCGAAAAAAAAACACUUCCGACCUGCCUAAACCAUUGUGAAUACAUGUUGUACAUGUUUAGUCAUGUGGUAAAAAAAGUACCAUUAUGUAGCCACAAAGCUCUAGCGCAUGCGGCUAUGGCCUAGUUCAACGCCCCAUGUAGAGAAGAUACAAACUUGAACUUUUAUUCUCACCCUGAAACAAAAAGGUAUUUUCUAACAUAAACUUUCCUAACGUGUGUGUUUGGGCAACAUGUGUGACAUUUGAGUUGCGGUGCUUUUAUAAAAGCUUUCAGGCUGAUCCGCGUGUAAAAACGAAACAUGGGUUAAAAAGGACAAAGAGGGAUGUGGCGUGUACCAUAAACCUGGUUGGUUGUUUUUUUGCAGUGAGGCUCCCGAAUGCGUUUCUGCCUAUUGGGUUGAUUUCAACCACCAGAGACGCGUUAUCACGUUCUGAGCAGUACAUUCGUCAUGAUGCCUAAUCAAAAUAGGGAUAUGUCUGUUAAAACACUCAAGACUUACGGGUGGCCUAAAGCAAUGUAAACAACCUCUUCCCUUUACUUACCCACCCGUCCCCAAACACACACACACACACACACACACACACACACACACACACACACACACACACACACACACACACACACACACACACACACACACACACACACACACACACACACACACACACACACACACACACACACACACACAAACACCAA